GUGAUUUUCUCUCGAGUGCGGGUGUGAAAAUGCGCGAACACCAUAUCCGUCAAGUUCGCACCCUUGUUGUCGCGGGUGUUGACAUUCUCAAACAGCCCACAUCACGGAGCAACACCGAGUCUUCUGUGCAUAAGAUGCACCGCGCGCUGUCAACAUCCGGUGCUACGCUGUGCUACGACGCGUCUUCUCGGUUCGUUCGAUUCUGCCAGGUGACACCGGCCGAGCGUUUCCAGGUCCUUCGACUCUAGAAUUCUCGGCAGUUUUGUUAGCGCCGUCGUCGUGACUCGUGAGGCGGUUGAUGAGCAUUGAACGGCUCCUGACUUUUUCCGUAAUCUCUGUGCACAUUCCCUCGCCUCUCUUGGGACGGUUUUAGUCUUGUCAGCACUGUACGAAUUAUAGGAUAACGACUCGGAGUCCAAAUCGACGAGGAUCUGCUCAUGCCACACCUCUCCCGCUUCAAAAGCCCAAUGUUUCUGCACUCCGAUCCUG